AUGCUCGAUUUUGAGCAGCUCCCCAAGUUUGCUCAGCCCACCAUACAGGCCACCACCACAGAACUUCAUGAGAUGCUUGAUGACGUACAGCACGGGAAAGAAGGUCUUGUUGAGCUUGAGGAACUCAUCCAAGGUGUUGGGCAUUUCCCGUCCAGUGAGCAGCCUGAGGAGGUAGCCGAAGUCGUGGGCACUGUGGAAGGUGACCCACUGGACAUCGUCGUUCAGCACGAUCCCGGACGACAUCAUCAGCUCGGCGAAGCGGGUGGAAUCGACCCCCUCGGCCGCAAAGCGGUCGAAGUCGAUGCCGCUGCGGCGGAGCAGGUCGACAGUGAAUUGGCAAUCAUAAGGUCUGUGGUGUCCGAGAGAAGCGGGCUGAGAACAUUUGGUUGGCAGCAGAGGGUGUUUAUCUCCCAGUUAACGGAAGCAAGUGAAAAAAAGUUACCAGUUUGUCUUGAGACCGUCCUGCUUUCACUCAUCUCCCAGUAUAGGAUCAGAUAUUUUACCCGCUUUCAUUCGUUCUUGUUUUUCUUGAGAAAAAUGAAUAUGGGACCUGACCCCUAG